AUGUGGCCGUGUGAGUGACGACGUCUCAGGGUGAAAUGCUGACACCUAUCGAAAGCACCUACAAUGGGCACGUGGAGCGUCAGAAUUGGACCGCAGGAAAAAAGGAAGACGGAAGGCGGCGACCUGGUCUGAUGAGCCGCAUUUGCUUUUUGAUUGAGUGUCUGCGUCGCGUCGCGUCACUGGGCGACACCAGGAUGCAACGAACACCCUCCUGCGGUUGCCAUAGGACUGCGCUUGGUGCAUAUCAGAGUAUGAUCCACGUACAGUAAAUGCCAGAAGAGCAUAACAUCGUAAUGAGUUCUUUACCGAUUGGUGGUUUUAACGUUGUGGCUGAUCGGUGUAUUGGGAGUCACAUUAAAGCAUCGAAUCUGCACCAGUCAUACCAGAGUCCACGUGCUUUAGAGGAUGUGUCCCCUCAGCUAAGAUGCAUGACUGUGCCGGGUGUCCUGUGUCUCCCAUGUGACGGAUGAAGCUGCAUUAUUGUUUGUCAGCACAUCUCAGGGUAAACGCAGAACAGCUAUGCUGCCCUUUUAGCAGGGCGAUUAAGAUGAUCACCCGUGGGUUUGCCUGGAUUACAGGCGGCGAUUACACCCUAAGAGGACACCUGGGCGCGGCGAGCUACAUACAUAAGGCCCCCGCCAGCAGCCGUCCUCACCCUAAGAGUCCCAGUGUUGUGUGACUGUGAAGAGGGGCGACCGACCUCCGCUUCGCAGUAGACCGAUUGGGCUGUGAGGUUUUUUUUGCGCGCCAGUUUUUUUUUUUUUUUCCGUCUACCUCGUCCGUUCAGUCAAAGCGUCAAAAGAAAUGGGCAACUCAACGGGAUGCACCGUGGACGACCUGCAGGCGGUGGAGAUGCACCUCUGGUACAAGAAGUUCAUGACCGAGUGCCCGUCCGGUCAGCUCACCCUGCACGAGUUCAAGCAGUUCUUCGGCUUGAGGGGUUUGGACCCGGAAGCCAACGCUUACAUCGAGCAGAUGUUCCGCACGUUUGACAUGAACAAGGACGGCUACAUAGACUUCAUGGAGUACGUGGCCGCUCUGAGCCUGGUGAUGCGGGGAAAGAUGGAGCACAAGCUGCGCUGGUACUUCAAGCUUUACGACGUGGACGGAAACGGCUGCAUCGACCGCCACGAGCUCCUCAACAUCAUUAAGGCCAUCCGAGCCAUCAAUGGGAGUGAAAACCAGGAAACGAGCGCGGAGGAUUUCACCAACAGCGUGUUCGACAGGAUUGAUAUAAAUGGAGAUGGUGAGCUCUCCCUGGAUGAGUUCGUGGCCGGCGCUCGCAGCGACGAAGACUUCAUGGAGGUGAUGAUGAAAAGCCUGGACCUCACCCACAUCGUGGCCAUGAUCCACAACAGGCGGCACAGCGUUUAGGCCGGCGGCCGGCGGCUCUCGUACUCCCUCACGAGUUUUCUCCCCUGUUGAAAAAAAACAAAAGGUCAUUCGCAGAACGAGAUUUUUUCCUUUUUUUUUUUUCUUCUUCUUCUUUUUUUAUUGAGAUUGAAUGCAGUUUAACACGGCGCCGAACGCCGACAUAUCUUAUGUUUAAUCUCUAAAAGAGUGACACGUAUGCACCUUAAACGGGAUGACUCAGUCGACCUUUUUCGCGGGCUGGUCAUUGUCCUCGUUUAACGACGGCGAGCUCUCUCCCAAGGCCACCUUGGCGUGAGGGAUGAUCUCUCAGACGGUCCACUUACCCUCAGAUACCCCGAGGCAUAAAAGGAGGAGGGGGAGACGCAGAGUGUGGCUAUUACACACACACUCAACAACGCUCUCCAAAUCUUUUUUUUUUUAUUGUCCGGGUUCAGUCUCUCUGCAUCAAAUCUGCAUUUACCCGCUCCGGCCUGCGGCGGUCUGCAGCCAUGACUGUGCAGCGUGCUUAACAUCCAUGCUGAUUUGAUUAAGCCAGUGGCUGUGAAGCAGGAGCAGGUGAAAGAAAGAGAGAUUUAAUGGGCACAUGCAAUUCUCAAAUGUUUACCUUUUAUAUGUUUUCAGCUCCUUUUUUUUGUGUAUGUGUCUUUUGAAAUAAAUUUUAAAAACAAAGCGAUGCACCAGCUUGUGUUUUUGU